CUGUUCUUUGCCCAUCCCAUCUGCCGAUCGCCGCUCUGCUCGGUGCUGCACUCGGAACGAAGCCAUGUCAGAAGGCGCCAUGCUCUCGCUCGGCCAGGCCGAUCCCCAAUGGAAAUGCAAGCGAGGCAAGCACGACCACCCCUUUUUUCUGUCCUACCGCUUGGCCACCGAUAUGGCCAUCGCGGAGCGCAUCAAGCGGCACAUGGAGUCGACCGCUUUCCAGCAACAGAUCCAGCGCUUCGCCAUAUCUGAACCUGCCGAGGGCCUGCACGUGUACUUCAACCGCGAGUGCCAGAUGAUUUCCAUGACGGACACUCCCUUCUUCCUCGACGGUCUCCUCACCGCCAAGGUUGCCAUUCUGAUCAUCAGCAAGGAGGCUAUCAAGAAUAUCAUGGCUGAAUACGAUAAUAUGCUUCUUGAGUGGGAGCUGGCAUUAGAGCUUGCAACCUCCGAGCGCAUCGUGCUCAUCCCCCUUCUCGUCGGAAGAGAGGAUAUCGCCACCAAGCAGACCGAAAUGUUCAGUCUCGAUUCCAUUGAUACAUCCAAGUUCGAAGCGCCUCACGAGCAUCCCCAAAGCCGGCGUCGCCAGUUUAAUAUCAUUGACACCCUCCGCGAGCUUACGAGCCAACGCACUAUCCAUGUUAUCCCCAGCCAAAUCAACGACAUCAUGGACGAGAUCGCCCAGCGCUACGUUUUGGCUCAACAGCAGUCCAAUAGCGAUCCAGCACGGAUUCCCAGCGAACCGGCGGCCUCAGCCCCGGUUGCAGCGGUCGCUCCUCCAGCUGCCAACCAGCAGCCCGGCUUGGAUUCGACUCAGCCGACUACGCCGUCCUCGGCCGCCGCCGCCCCAGCUCCGGUCCCAUCAAAAUCAGUCUCCCACGGGCCGUCAAAUCCAUCGCUUGAAUCGUCGCCCGCAGUUCCUCCCUCGGCUACGACCCUUGAUCCUGGCACGGUCUCGGCUCCUCCUCCACUCAACCCCAGCGACAGGCCGGCGCCGCCCACGCUGCCGUUCCCGGCCCUCUCGAGCUCCCAGAGCCUUCCUGGAGGCCAACAUGAAGUCGAUCUUGCUCAAUCGCAUGCCCAUCGAGCGCACACGACCCAGCCCUAUCCAACCCACUCCCACGACAACCAGCCCCAAUAUUAUGGCGCACCUCCUCCUCAGCCCUUCGGUGCGCCUCAACCUUACGGUGCACCUCCCCAGCCCUAUGGCGCACCUCCUCCUCAGCCCUAUGGCGCACCUCCCCAGCCCUAUGGCGCACCUCCUCCUCAGCCCUAUGGUGCGCCUCAACCUUACGGUGCUCCUCCUCAACCGUACGGUGCUCCUCCUCAACCCUAUGGCGCACCUGUUCAGUAUGUCCAGCUUCCAGCGCCCAACCAACCGACGUCGUCUACCCCUCUUUCAACCGCCACUGGCCUCGUCAGCGAUCUGGUUACCGAUGUUGCCAAUCUCUUCCGCACAAACCAACCUCCUCGGAACCCGACAAUGUAUGCCGCUCCUUCUGGCUAUUAUUCUGGCGCGACUCCUGUGUAUCCCGUCUCGGCAGCAGCUCCAGCGCCAGGUUACCCCGCCCCUGUCUCUGCACCUGGCUACCCUGCAAGCACAGCCCCAGGACAACCGUACCCGCCUCCUACCCCUGGACAUCAAUUCCAGCGCUACAACACCGCGCCAAUCCACCCGACGUACUCUGAACCUGGCAUCUCGGCCCCUGCUUCGGCCCCUGCUUUGGCCCCUGCUUUGGCACCGACGGCAGCUCCCGCCUUUGCUGCACCCCCGAUGCCCCCAGCAUCCAGUCCAGGAGCCUUCGGCUAUCCAAGCACCCAACCUGGCGCCGUUUCAACAGGACAGACGCCUCCGUUCCCAGCUACCGGCGGCCCCACUGGUUUUGCAUCCCCUUACACUAACCAACCUGUUCAAUAUGGUCAUGGCCCUGGCACUGGCCCUAGUCCUUCACCAGCCCCUGGCCCGUAUGCUGGCCAGAGAACACCUCAUCCGGCCCCAACCGUUUCCGGGACCAGCUUCGGAACUGGCAUGCAACCUGUUAGCGCACAAUCCGACAAACUCUUCAACGAGCAAACGAACGAGAUAACGCCAUUCGGACGGUAUGUCUACAACGAAAUCUUCCAAAGCCUCAACGCCAAGUACAACCCCUUGAACUCUGGGUACAUCGAAAGCUCCAAGAUGAACUUUUUGUGUGAUGUGAUGUUUCUAAAGGCCCCUCCCACCGAGCUGGGCCGCUGUCUGCACCUGUACCCACUGACUGGCCGAGAGGUCGAGUUCUACAGGCGCUUGGGCGUCAACGCUCUUUCUAUCCCCGCGAAUGGACCUAAUGCAGAGCUGGGAUACGCUCUGUCUCAGAGCGCCUUAUAUCAGUGGGCAGCAGUGGCGAUCAAGAGCUUCAGAUCCUCGCGAGAAGCGUAUCUGGCUCACGAUCGGGCGUUGAGGUAUCUCGGCAUCAAAAUCCAGCUCUCACCCACAAUGUUCCCUGUGGGCAAGCCUGAUUUCCACCAGUAUCUCCAGGCCACCCGCCAGUUCCGCGAUGGCUACGCUCCUUGAUCAAACUGGAAUAAUAUGGCCCAUGUCAAGUCGAUGGACGGUAUGCUCUUGAUCUGAAUACACACCGAUCACUUGAAAUCGUCAUCUGCGACACUGUCGAUAUCAGGACCGCUGUGCUGCACAGCACGACCAAGCCCUGGCCUCCAGGGCGCACAAGAAACGGGAUACUCUGUUCCGAGUCAGGGCCAUCGCUCCUCUCCGGGUCCUGAAUACACACCUGUCCAUCGCCCGUCA